GUAAUAUUAAACCAGUCUAAGCUUUUUUGACUGUUCUAUACUGUACCAAAUAUCUGUUUUUUGAGUUUUCUCGAAAGUCCUUUUGAUUCUUUUGAUAUCUUUUCCUCCUUCUUUACUGCCUGUUAGCUUGUGUUCUGUAUGAUGGAAACAAAGGCGCACAAUCUGCUAUCUGUGAUUAGCUGUAUUCUGCAGCACGUUGUGGAAGAACAGGACAAGAACAUUGCUUUUGCCACCAUUUCUUGUUUUACUUCUCAACACAAACCUGGGAUAUCGAUAUAUGACUACUUGCAGAGACUAUGUACCUACUCGCAUUGCGGAAGCGAGCCACUUAUUUUUUCUCUAAUUUACAUCGAUCGCCUAAUACAAAGUCAAUCUGUUGCUGUUAAUUCGCUUUCUAUCCAUCGUAUUCUUGUCACAAGUCUGGUAAUUGCCACGAAAUAUCUUGAAGACGUUUGCUGUGUGAAUAGCUAUUUUGCCAAGAUCGGAGGAUUACAGACGCGUGAAAUCAAUCUCCUUGAGUCAGAGUUUUUACAUGCCAUUUGCUUUUCUCUGUACGUUUCACAGAGUGAUUAUGCCAUGUACUUUUUUGAGCUCUGUCACCACGCGGACAGUGGUAUUUGUCCGAAUUGCUGUAGAGUUCGAGGGAGAGAACGAGCUGUAGAUGGGCUUUGCUUUUCUAAUCUGCUGGAAGAUGAGGAUCGUGCUUACACGAUCAGCCGCGACCAACUGAAAGCGGCUUCAUCCGAUUCUCCAGUGAAUGUUGUCUGUUCUGCUUAUGAAGAACAAUGA